UUUUCUGGGCAAAAAUAUAUUUUUGUUGGGUGGAAAGUUGAACAUAAGAUUGUAAAAACAGCAGGAAGUCAGCUCUAAGUGAUUUUAAUUCCACAUCUGUUCCCAAGCAUUCCCACGCAUAAUAGAGAUAUAUGUGAUCGUAUAGAAAUGUAAGCAAGGUUUGAAAUGAUUGUUUUAGUCAAACAUCUGUUUGGGCUUCUUGCAGUCAAUUUGCACUCUACAGAUGAUUUGUAAUUAUGUUCCAGCCCCCCGACCAAUCCCCACUCCCAAAAGGAAUGGUCCUGAGGCUGAGUCUAGUUGAUCAUCCCUGCACUACCAAGUAGAUGAACUGUUCUGAAUACAGGCCUACUUGAAGCGUGUCUGUGACUUGCAUGUCUGGAUGAGGUUGGGUUCCUAAAUGUAACUAUUCAUGACAUUAUAAAUGCGCAAACACCUCACACUUCUCCCUUCCUUUUCUAUUGACUCAAGCUACUGCCUUUUUCAACUUCCUCAAACACCUUAUCCUCUGUGGAAGACCAUUGUCCAAGCACUGCCAGAACCAUGAUGUAUAUAUUUAUUAGGUUCUUUGAGAUUGUCAGUGAUGAUAAGCACUAUAUAUAAUACAUAUUAUUAGAUGGGAUUGAAACCCUAUCCAUUGACCAGUCAUCUGUGUUAGCCAAUAUAGUCUCUUGAGGGUUUACCCAUAAUUUCCAAAUACUUUUGAAUCCUGAUCCCAGUGUCUAGCAAGCUGGAGUUUUGCAUUUUGAGUGCAAAUUUCAGACACUCUUCAUCUCGUCUCUGCCACCUCAGUUAUAUGUGCUAUUCUGAUUCAACAUGGGGAUAUUUUUUUAAUGACGUGAUGAGUGUCUGACAUUUACACUUAAUUUCUCCAGCUGGCUGUCACAGAGGGUGUUGCGGUCGGCCCUCCAGGACACCUACACCACCCGAUGUCACAGGAAGGCCAUAAAGAUCAUCAAGGACAUCAACCACCGAGCCACUGCCUGUUCACCCCGCUAUUAUCCAGAAGGCAAGGAAUGAUGAGCUGUUGGGGGAGGGGUUCACCUUAGCUGAGGGGGGUGUUCUUCUAAACAUCCAAGCCCAGCUGCUCCCCAAGAAGACCAAGAGCAACAACAGCAAUGUCAUUUAUGCAAACAAUGCCAAUAAUACCCAUGAUGCUGACCAUGUAACUGAGGUAUUGUAUGUAUUUAAUAAAACAAUAAGUAUUUCACACGGUAAGCCUUAUCCUGAUAUGUGUAUAUUGUGCAACACUGAUAAUUAUUCCCACUGGCAUCUGAAUGUACAACAGGGUACACAUUGUUGUCCAAACACACAUACAGCAUGAUAUGACUGGGGCGGGUAGUCAAUGUUGCAUUGCGUGCCAUAUGAAGCCAUGUAUGAUGGUAACCCAUAGUCUACGCUCAUUUUAUAUUUGCAGUGAGCAUAUGUACAACUUUUUGUGUAGAGUUUUUUUUUUUUUUUUAAACGGGAGCAUACGAUAUCACUGGCCAAUUGCAUAGCUAGUUCUCGGGUAGUCUUGUCCAGUCCUAUGUUGUGCCGUGUAAACAUUUGAACGCUAGGGGGCGAAAUUGGUCUGUGUUAUUGCAUCAACAACAUGGAUAACGGGACAGGUACGCGAACAUCACAAGAAACGUUACUAUUGCAUUAGUUGCAAUUACACAGCAGGUACCGUCGCUACUUCGAUGGCCCACGGGUGAUGCAAAUAACGAUGCGGCACCACUGGCUGCUCGUCGGGGCUUGCGGCUGGGUGUUGCUCAUCCUCGUGUUUGCCAACAAGUUUAUCAAUUUUAACGCCAGAGCCACGGAUGACUAUGGGGAGAAGACUGAGAUGCAGAGUUGGACUCAACCAGGAGUUAAGACCAUCAAAUCACUGCCAGCUCAGAAAUCAGACAGAAGAGCUCCCAAGUCAUCAGACCUGUCCUCAGUAGGCCCCUCCUCCAUGGCCAACCCAACAGACUGGAACACUGUGGAGACGAGGCGUCUGGAGCUGCUGUCAGCCGUGUGUAAGAACGACUCCCUCAGGAACCUCACUCACACCUCAAUCAACAAGUUUGUCUUGGACCGCAUCUUUGUGUGCGACAAACACAAGAUCCUCUUCUGCCAGACCCCCAAAGUGGGCAACACUCAAUGGAAGAAGGUCCUCAUCGUUCUCAACGGAGAGUUCUCCACUGUGGAGGAGAUCCCAGAGAACUUGGUUCAUGACCAUGAGAAGAACGGACUGCCCCGCCUCUCCUCUCUGACGGAGAAAGAAAUCACUAAAAGGUUAGCAACAUACUUCAAGUUCUUCAUCGUCAGAGACCCGUUCGAGCGCCUCAUCUCCGCCUUCAAGGACAAGUUUGUGAAGAACCCGCGCUUCGAGCCCUGGUACAAGCACGACAUCGCUCCCGCCAUCAUCCGCAAGUACCGUAAGAGUCACCGUGACAACGACAACAACAAGGCGACUACGGGCCUGCGCUUCGAGGACUUCAUCCGUUACCUGGGCGAUGAGCCCGGGCGGCGCCGCAUGGACCGUCAGUUUGGGGAGCAUGUUAUCCACUGGGUGACGUACGCGGAACUCUGCGCCCCCUGUGACAUCACGUACAGCGUCGUGGGGCACCACGAAACUCUAGAACGCGAUGCCCCCUACAUCCUGAAAGCUGCCGGGAUAGAGCGUCUGGUAUCGUACCCCACCAUCCCCCCGGGGAUCACCCGUUACAACCGGACCAAGGUGGAGCGCUACUUCUCAGGCAUCAGCAAGCGGGACGUCAGGCGGCUUUACGGCCGGUACCAAGGAGACUUCAGCCUCUUCGGCUACCCCAGCCCGGACUUCCUGCUAAACUGAAUGACAAUGACACUAAAGAAAGACUGUUUUGCAACGAUAUUAUAAUAAUAUAAUGUCUCUCUAAUCUAACAUGCAUCUUAAUCAGUGUGUGGUUUACUGAAGAGGUAGGGAGGGUGUAGCUAGCUAGCCGCCUAGCCUGGCUGCUCUAACUAGGAGCCAUAGUAGAGACUAGUGAUCCCCACCAUCCGGGCUCGAGCCAGGGAGGGAUGGAGACUACAGGUUGGUCUGAUAUAACGUGCUGAUCUGCUGUAGGAUGAUCGUCACUCCUCUACCUGGCUGACAGUAAUUCCUGUCUCGACCUAGCAACACUUCCUGCCUCUGCCUAGCAACUGUCACCAUGGGCGAUGACUGUACUACAUGCCUCUACUUCCUGGUAGCCGUCACCAUGGUGGCCAUGAAUGGCAUGAGGACCGAGGUGAUGGAGAGUUACUCACUAUGGUCAUGGCUAAUGGCUGUAUUCGCCAUACGACCAAUGAAUUAAGUGCCACAUUUUAAUGUUAUUUAACAAAGCUUUUUGUAUUAUAAUAAUUACUUUAUUUAAACCAGAGAUUACUGUUACAUACUGUGCUAAAUUGUACCACCCUCUGCACUACUUCCACACGAAGCAGGUCUGCUACUGGUACUGCAUUAUGGACUAACACUGAAGUGGGUCUGGGAGACAGUAGCCUGGUUAAACCAGACUGAAUGCUGAGCACACCAUUGAAACGGAGCAGAAUCAGUUUGAAUGCGAGGUUAUAGAGAUGGUAGUGAAACACUAACCGGUUAACAAUAUCAGAGCCCCAGCUCUCUUCCCUCCAGUCUAACCGCUCAUACAGAGUAGAGCAACUCCAUCUAGCUUCAAGACUCGGCACCUAUAUAAAUGGUGUGAUUCUGUGAUCUCAAAGGGUUGACAAGCGCUGAGUGGGAGGAGUCAGUGUCUGCAACGCCUGUGUUCGGGCGACAGGAGGAAGGUUCACUGUGGUGUAACUCCUGCUGAUUGGCUGAAGCUACUACAGUGGAUAAUACUAUGCCUGUAUUAUGUCAUGGGGUGUACAGUCCCUGGGUCUUACCUCAUGUUCCCAUCCAGUACAGUAGACAGACAGAUAUAUAGAUGGCCUUCAGGGUUAAUCCAGUUAAAUUCAGCCCAGACACAUAAUAUGGGAUCAUGGCAAUAUGGAUUGGAGGCAUACAGCCAACCCUCUUCUAUACCCAUACUUAUGUCAAAGAAGGUGGAUGAACGAAGAUGUCUUACUCAGGCUGUUUACGUUCUACUUAAGCGGUGGCUCUCCCGUAGACACCAUUGCGAUAGCAGCUGUGUCUGGUCUACUUAGUUCCUUGACUGUAUAUAAACCAUAAAGUGAGGGAGUGGGAUGCCUCGCUUCCUCUGUCUGUUUGCCACCUGUAAGGGCAGUACAUUAGACUACAUUGGCACUGUACCUGGGAGAAGGAAAAAAUGGUUUCAUUUUCUCAUCCUCAGAACUGUUAUUUCACAAUUGAAUUCCAUGAAUUGUCUUAUUCUUCAUCCUAAACACGACACCGUCCAAUGGCGUCCAUGAAGAGAAGUGAGUGACAGUUUCCUGUUGACCUUUUUUAACCAACCAAUGUUUGGUAUGGUCAGUCACAUGGUAUUGACAGAGCUAGGUGGACAGGCCAUGGUUACUGAGUAAUAAAGGUUUCAUGUAAAAUAUAAAACUGGUCUUUUGCACUCUUCUCUGUACCACAACACAUGUAUGAUGCUUUCAGUUAUUUUCUCUUUACAUGUGAGGUCAGUUAAACCCUGCAGUAGACCUGAUAUUCUCAUUCUAGCAGUAGACCCACCACAAUUCAAUCAAUUACACCUACGGCUGGGCCAUAUGGGCAAAAUAUUAUAGCACUGUAUUUAACUUUUUUAUUUUAUGUUUUUGAAUAAUAAAAGUUGUACAUGUUCUUUA